AUGACCGUGUUCAGGCAGGAAAACGUGGAUGACUUCUACGACACCGGCGAGGAGCUUGGCAGCGGGCAGUUCGCCGUGGUGAAGAAAUGCCGGGAGAAGAGCACAGGCCUGCAGUAUGCCGCCAAGUUCAUCAAGAAGCGGAGGACCAAGUCCAGCCGGCGGGGCGUGAGCCGCGAGGACAUCGAGCGCGAGGUCAGCAUCCUGAAGGAGAUCCAGCACCCCAACGUCAUCACCCUGCACGAGGUGUACGAGAGCAAGACGGACGUCAUCCUGAUCCUGGAGCUCGUUGCAGGUGGCGAGCUGUUUGACUUCUUGGCGGAAAAGGAAUCUCUGACUGAAGAGGAAGCAACUGAAUUUCUCAAGCAAAUUCUUAAUGGUGUUUACUACCUGCACUCCCUGCAGAUUGCCCACUUUGAUCUUAAGCCUGAAAACAUAAUGCUUUUGGAUAGAAAUGUUCCCAAACCUCGGAUCAAGAUCAUCGACUUUGGGCUGGCCCAUAAAAUUGAUUUUGGAAAUGAAUUCAAAAACAUAUUUGGGACACCAGAAUUUGUCGCUCCUGAGAUAGUCAACUAUGAACCUCUUGGUCUCGAGGCAGAUAUGUGGAGUAUUGGAGUAAUCACCUAUAUUCUCCUAAGUGGGGCCUCGCCAUUUCUCGGGGACACGAAGCAAGAGACGUUAGCAAAUGUAUCCGCCGUCAACUACGAAUUUGAGGAAGAAUACUUCAGUAACACCAGUGCCCUCGCCAAAGAUUUCAUAAGAAGACUGCUCGUCAAGGAUCCAAAGAAGAGGAUGACCAUUCAAGAUAGUUUGCAGCACCCCUGGAUCAAGCCUAAAGAUACCCAACAAGCACUUAGUAGAAAAGCAUCAGCAGUCAACAUGGAGAAAUUCAAGAAGUUCGCAGCCCGGAAAAAAUGGAAACAAUCCGUUCGCUUGAUAUCACUGUGCCAAAGAUUAUCCAGGUCGUUCUUGUCCAGAAGUAACAUGAGUGUUGCCAGAAGCGACGAUACUCUGGAUGAGGAAGACUCCUUUGUGAUGAAAGCCAUCAUCCACGCCAUCAACGAUGACAAUGUCCCAGGCCUGCAGCACCUCCUGGGUUCAUUGUCCAACUAUGAUGUCAACCAACCCAACAAGCAUGGGACACCUCCGUUACUUAUUGCUGCUGGCUGUGGAAAUAUUCAGAUGCUGCAGUUGCUCAUCAAAAGAGGCUCAAGAAUCGAUAUCCAGGAUAAGGGCGGAUCCAAUGCCAUCUACUGGGCCUCCCGGCACGGCCACGUGGACACCUUGAAGUUUCUCCAUGAGAACAAAUGCCCCUUGGAUGUGAAAGACAAGUCUGGAGAGACAGCCUUGCACGUGGCGGCUCGCUAUGGCCACGCCGAUGUGGUUCAGCUGCUGUGCAGCUUCGGCUCCAAUCCCAAUUUCCAGGACAAGGAGGAAGAGACCCCUCUGCACUGUGCCGCCUGGCAUGGCUACCACGCCGUGGCCAAAGCCCUCUGCGAAGCCGGCUGCAACGUGAACAUCAAGAACCGAGAAGGGGAGACGCCCCUGCUGACGGCCUCCGCCAGGGGCUACCACGACAUCGUGGAGUGUCUGGCCGAGCACGGAGGCGACCUGAACGCCUCGGACAAGGAUGGACACAUCGCUCUCCAUCUUGCGGUGAGGCGGUGUCAGAUGGAGGUCAUCCAGACGCUCAUCAGCCAGGGGAGCCUCGUCAAUUUCCAGGACAGGCACGGCAAUACCCCCCUCCAUGUGGCCUGCAAGGAUGGCAACGUGCCCAUCGUGAUGGCCCUCUGUGAGGCCAGCUCCGAUCUGGAUAUCUCCAACAAGUACGGACGCACCCCUCUGCACCUGGCCGCCAACAACGGGAUCCUCGACGUGGUCCGCUACCUCUGUCUGGCGGGCGCCAACGUGGAGGCGCUGACCUCGGAUGGGAAGACGGCGGAAGAUCUCGCCAGGGCGGAGCAGCACGAGCACGUAGCAGGCCUCCUCGCCAGACUCCGCAAGGACACACACCGGGGCCUCUUCACCCAGCAGCUGCGGCCCACGCAGAACCCGCAGCCCCGGAUCAAGCUGAAGCUGUUCGGCCACUCGGGCGCGGGGAAGACCACGCUGGUGGAGUCGCUCAAGUGCGGGCUGCUCCGGAGCUUCUUCCGGCGGCGCCGGCCCCGGCUCUCCUCCACCAACUCCACCCGGUUCCCGCCCUCGCCCCUGGCCUCCAAGCCGGCAGUGUCCGUGAGCAUCAACAACCUGUACCCGGGCUGUGAGAACGUGAGCGUGCGGAGCCGCAGCAUGAUGUUCGAGCCGGGCCUCACCAAGGGGAUGCUGGAGGUGUUCGUGGCCCCGUCCCACCACCCGCACUGCUCCGCCGACGACCAGUCCACCAAGGCCAUCGACAUCCAGAACGCCUAUUUGAACGGGGUUGGCGAUUUCAGCGUGUGGGAGUUCUCCGGAAACCCCGUCUACUUCUGCUCCUACGAUUAUUUUGCUGCCAACGACCCCACAUCCAUCCAUGUCAUCGUGUUCAGUCUGGAAGAACCCUUCGAGAUCCAGCUGAACCAAGUCGUUUUCUGGCUCAAUUUCCUCAAGUCUCUUGUGCCGGUGGAGGAGCCCAUAGCCUUCGGCGGCAAGCUGAAGAACCCCCUCCGCGUCGUCCUGGUGGCCACGCACGCCGACAUCAUGAACGUCCCGCGCCCGGCGGGCGGCGAGUUUGGGUACGACAAGGACACGGCUUUGCUGAAGGAGAUCAGGAACAGGUUUGGGAAUGACCUUCACAUUUCAAAUAAGCUGUUUGUUCUGGACGCUGGGGCUUCGGGGUCGAAGGACAUGAAGGUUCUUCGAAAUCAUCUGCAAGAAAUACGGAGCCAGAUUGUUUCCGUCUGCCCUCCGAUGACCCACCUGUGUGAGAAAAUCAUCUCCACGCUGCCGUCCUGGAGGAAGCUCAACGGGCCCAACCAGCUGAUGUCACUGCAGCAGUUCGUGUACGACGUGCAGGACCAGCUGAACCCCCUGGCCAGCGAGGAGGACCUCAGGGGCAUCGCCCAGCAGCUCCACAGCACCGGCGAGAUCAACAUCAUGCAGAGCGAAACGGUGCAGGACGUGAUGCUCCUGGACCCCCGCUGGCUCUGCACCAACGUGCUGGGGAAGCUGCUCUCGGUGGAGACCCCGCGGGCCCUGCACCACUACCGGGGCCGCUACACGACCGAGGACAUCCAGCGCCUGGUGCCCGACAGCGACGUGGACGAGCUGCUGCAGAUCCUGGACGCCAUGGACAUCUGCGCCCGCGACCUGAGCAGCGGGGCCAUGGUGGACAUCCCCGCCCUGAUCAAGACGGACAACCUGCACCGCUCCUGGACGGACGAGGAGGACGAGGCGACGGUGUACGGCGGCGUCCGCAUCGUCCCCGUGGAGCACCUGGCCCCCUUCCCCUGCGGCAUCUUCCACAAGGUCCAGGUGAACCUGUGCCGCUGGAUCCACCAGCAGAGCGCCGAGGGGGACGCCGACAUCCGCCUGUGGGUGAGCGGCUGCAAGGUGGCCAACCGCGGGGCCGAGCUGCUGGUGCUCCUGGUCAACCACGGCCAGGGCAUCGAGGUGCAGGUGCGCGGGCUGGAGACGGAGAAGGUCAAGUGCUGCCUCCUGCUGGACUCGGUGUGCAGCACCAUCGAGAACGUCGUGGCCACCACGCUGCCGGGGCUGCUGACCGUGAAGCACUACCUGAGCCCCCAGCAGCUCAGGGAGCACCACGAGCCCGUCAUGAUCUACCAGCCCCGGGACUUCUUCCGGGCGCAGGCCCUCAAGGAGACCUCGCUCACCAACACCAUGGGCGGCUACAAGGAGAGCUUCAGCAGCAUCAUGUGCUUCGGCUGCCACGACAUCUACGCGCAGGCCAGCCUGGGGAUGGACAUCCACGCAUCCGACCUGAACCUCCUGACGAGGAGGAAGCUCAGCCGCCUGCUGGACCCGCCCGACCCCAUGGGGAAGGACUGGUGCCUCCUCGCCAUGAACCUGGGCCUCCCCGACCUGGUGGCCAAGUACAACACCACCACAAACAACCACCACGGGGCCCCCAAGGAGUUCCUCCCGAGCCCGGUGCACGCCCUGCUCCGGGAGUGGACCGCCUUCCCCGAGAGCACCGUCGGGGUCCUCAUGGCCAGGCUCCGGGAGCUGGGGCGCCGGGACGCGGCCGACUUCCUCCUGAAGGCGUCCUCGGUGCUCAAAAUCCACCUGGACGGCAACGGCCAGGAGGCCUACGCCUCGAGCUGCAACAGCGGCACCUCGUACAAUUCCAUUAGCUCGGUCGUGUCCAGGAAAACCCCUCAUGUAUGGACUCCCACUGUAUGA